GUUUCACCGGACGCGUUUCGAGGAAAGCGACAGAGCGAUAACGAUAAACUAUCUGUGUAAUCGCCAUCCCAGCAAAUACCGAACCUAACCUAUCUGCAUAGUGUGCCUAUCCACCUAUCUAUGUAUUUAUCAUUCUAACUCACCGUCAAUACUUUCUAAUCUCCACCACGCGACAGAGAUCACCGCUCCUCUUAAUCGACUUCAUCUUGAGAGACUCAAACUUUCGUGCAUGCCUCCUCCUGAGCAGCUCCUACCAGAGUCUGCAAGCCCUCUUGUUAGACCAGAGGUAACCAUCACGUCCGACCAUGACCCCGCCAUGAGUGAUCAAAAGCCCGCCAAUCUGCCAGAUGCUUCCUCACCGACCGUCGCUGCUAUUCCACCAGAGUCAGAAUUAAACGAGACUCGGAGCAAGGACAAGGAUGGCGGGAGCAAGAGUGACACGCAAACAGCCCUAGAUGGCCAAAGUGUUAAGGAUCAGGCCCAAAGCAUCUUAAUAGACCUUACCGAGGAUAAGGCUCCAACAAAUCAAACUACCAACAAGGGGAAGAACCCGAUAACUGAAGAUGUACCAGUCGAUAAAGUCGAUCAAGAGUCUACAUCGGAUGCUUCAGCUGACCCUCUAGAAUCGUCCGUCGCGACUCUCAAACCCACGAGACCACAGUUUUUAACAAUCACACCUACCCCAUAUGUUGAUCCUACGCCCCCAACCCCAGAAGGCUCCCAGCCUCCGUCGAGAACCAACUCCGCCCACCGAUUCAAGAAACAUGGCACCGAACCAUCUCCAACUCGAUCCGAUGCCGGGUAUGAUGAGAGGCGCUACCCAAGCGAGGAUGAGCAAGAGGGCAGCUCUCGCUCGGAAAUCCAGAGCAUCAUGGAGCAGUUCCCUGAAGAGGGCGGUGGUCCGGGAGAAGAAGAAGUAAUGAGCCCACGACUCGAAAUUACCUCACCACUUCUCGGCAGCCCUCCGAUACAACAUCCUCCUAGAAAAUCCAGCCUUGAACCCCUUGCCCCGAGUAUUGCUCAGCAGUUGCAGGAGAUUCAGGGUUUGAGGCUUUCAAGCACGUCACCAACAAGCACCAGAUCAAAGGAAAAACAGAAAGAGGUUGAUGAUCAAGGCCCGCCGGUCCCGCCAAAAGACGGCCCAUCGGACGAGAGGAUUCCUACUACAGAACCCCAGGCGCCUUUACACCGGCCGCCACCACCAGAUCCGGAGCCGGAACCCCCGCUUCCGUUUGAUUUCCACCGGUUCUUAGAGCAGCUUAAACAUAAAAAAGCUGAUCCCGUAGCAAGAUAUCUCAAAUCUUUCUUGUCCGAAUUUGCAAAACGCCAAUGGAUGGUCCAUGAACAAGUGAAGAUUAUCGGCGAUUUUCUCGCAUUCAUAUCCAAUAAAAUGGCCCAAUGUGAAGUAUGGAGUGAGGUUUCAGAUGCGGAGUUUGACAACGCCCGAGAAGGGAUGGAAAAACUUGUUAUGAAUAGACUCUAUUCGCAGACUUUUUCGCCUGCAAUACCUCCUCCUCAACCCAUCCCUGGUGCGAAACCAAAGCGCCGGGGAGGUGAUCGACCAAUGGGGCCAGGGCGCCGCGGGCAACACCAAGAGGACGUAGAGCGGGAUGAAAUCUUAGCGCAAAAGAUUAACAUCUACGGCUGGGUUCGGGAAGAACACUUGGAUAUUCCGCCUAGCAGUGACAGCGGCAAGAGAUUCCUCACUCUGGCCGAGCAGGAACUCCUUAAAAUUAAAUCAUACCGAGCACCCCGAGACAAAAUCAUUUGCGUCCUCAAUUGCUGCAAAGUCAUAUUUGGACUCCUCAAGCAUAACAAGUCUGACUCGUCCGCCGACUCGUUUAUGCCGCUUCUAAUAUUUGUCGUAUUACGUUCUAAUCCUGAACACCUUGUCUCUAAUGUUCAUUACAUCUUACGGUUUCGAAAUCAAGAUAAACUUGCGGGGGAAGCUGGAUACUAUCUCUCAUCUUUAAUGGGUGCCAUACAGUUUAUCGAGAAUAUGGAUCGUACUACUCUAACGAUCUCGGAUGAAGAGUUUGACAAAAGUGUUGAAGCGGCCGUCUCCGCCAUUGCUGAAAAGCAUCGGGCAGAGGAACCACCCGCUCCUACUCCUGCUCCAUCUCAACCGCAACUGUCCGAAAAGUCUGGAUUAUAUCCUCCUGGCCCCUCUUCCUCAACACGCCCAUCACUCGAUCUAGAUGGAUCAAACACGCCGCGUCGAUCUUUAUCCUCUAAUGAUGGUAACGACUCUGGCGAGGAAGGGCCCGCGAUCUCCGGCUUACUUCGUUCAAUCCAAAGACCCCUUUCAUCCAUUGGUCGUAUAUUUUCAGAAGACACAAGUGCUGCCGGCCCCAGUUCGCCUAUUCGAGUAUCCCAAUCAGAUACCCCACGUCUUAGUCCGCGACCAAGUAUGGACAGGCGCCCUUCAACAGAUCUGCGCCAACGGCUGUCGGCCGAAGAGGCUGCGGCAAGGCAAGCGAGCGCCGAAGUUGCUGAAGCUCAAAGAAUACAUCGAGCAGAACACAACAACGUUGUAGAAACCCUUGCAGGAAUGUUCCCAGAUCUAGAUAGAGAUAUCAUUAGCGACGUUGUCUACCAGAAGGAAGGAAGAGUUGGUCUCGCAGUUGAUGCAUGCCUUGCUUUAAGCGCAUAAUUGCAAUCUUGGUGGGAUUACUUACCCCACAUAAUUCAGCAUUGGGAGGAGCAAUUGAUAGACAGUCGCAAAAGGUGAGAAAGGGGCAAGAACGUCAAUCGGAUUAUUUUAAUUAGCUGAAGCGACUUUUAGGCCUUUGCAUGGUCUUUAUUUAUCGACAUAACCCCCAAUAAUACCCUGCAUUCACCGUACGCUAUUUCGUCUUUGGCAGCAUAGUCUUGAUAUGAUCUUGUCAGAAUCGAAUCUCUAUAUUUAUCGUUCAUAAUGAAGCCAGUGGCUGUACAAUUCCCGCCGUCAUAUUACCAGUUAACAUGCUGACUAGCCAGAGAGGGUUAGUUAUAUUCUAGGAUGCAUUCUUCAUAGUAGGUAGGUAGAAAUAGAAAAUCAGUCAAAGGUU